AGUAGCGAUAUAGUGAACAACCAGUUUGACUAAGUACCGCGAUAAUAACAAUGUUGGGGCAGAAAGUUAAUUAACUUCACAGAUGUGUUUUUUUUUGUUCAUACUCAGCGGAGGAAACAGAAGUGUUACCUUUAUAGUUGUCGUCGCUAGUAGCAGAAAUGUAACGUUAACACUGUUUGGAGCGGACGUCGUAAAUGAACUUAAAGAACUUUGUGACGGUGGCAGAUCAUGUCAGCAUCAACAGCAGCAGCCAGCGGGUUAAACACAGCCGCUCCCCUUCAGCCUCCUGCGCUUCUUGUGGCAACACCACCACGGUCCGGUUGCAGCCUAUCCGCGCCACGGUGCAGUACCAGCUUUUGCGUGGAAAUCAACACAGCCCAACCCGCUCCGUUUCCUCCUCCUCCUCAGUAGCCGGGAGCAACACAGGACCGACGAAGUCCCGUUGCUCCAGUUCCGCCAACCCGAGUGCAAGCGGUACGGACGGUAGACUGGUCCCCGGGCGGAGACCUUCACCGCCGGACAGCAACAGCCCACUGAACGCUUUCCCUACGCGCCUGUUUCCAAAGUCACAGGAAGUAGGUAGUUUGGGGGCCACUGAGCGGACUUCCUCCUUGGGCACCAUCACUUGGUCCUACCUCACAGGACACUUUGACCCCCAUGUGCUCUCCUCAUCUUGUAUGAAAGAUAAAUCCACACAGACUUGAUGUUGGAGUGACGAAAACAGGAAGAAGAGGAGCACCAACCAGCGCUCUGCGUCCUGGGGCAGUGCUGACCGGCUCGAAAAGCAGAUUGCAAAGCUUCAGCAGCAGCUCCAGCGCGGUGAACCAGGAGGACACCACAGUGAAGACAAAGACCAACUGUCCCCCCUCCAGAACAACACCAUCGCCCACUCCAUCCUCACCAGCACCACCAACCACACCUCCACAGCCAACCACGUUCAGCACUUUUCCAUGUCGAAGUCGGCCCAGAUGCCGCUGUCCAACAUCACAGUGCCAAAGCCCUCCAUCUCGCGGGUGCCCAGCAGCAUGGAGGGCAUCAACCAUGAGCUGGAGAAGGUCUUCAUCAAAGACAACGGAGAGAAGGAGGAGCUCAAGUCCCUGGAGGUUCCUGAUGGGCGGCGAGCACCCUUCCCUCCCCAGCAGCGCAGCAGCAGCACUCGCAGCAUGGACACCCAGACUCCCUCAGCCCCCGGCCGGUCCAGCAGCUGCUCCAGCCUGUCGCCUUGCCCCUCGCCAGCUUGUCCCCCAGGAUCACAUGACGGCAGUCCCUACUCCACAGAAGAUCUACUGUACGACCGCGAUAAAGACAGUGGAAGCAGCUCACCACUGCCCAAGUUCGCCUCCUCGCCCAAACCCAACAACAGCUACAUGUUCAAGCGAGAGCCACCAGAGGGCUGUGAGAAGAUUAAAGCUUUUGAAGAGAUGAGCUCAAGGCAGUCCACAUCGGCGUCAGUCCCCCUCUUCUCCUGCCCCGACAAAAACAAGGUCAACUUCAUCCCGACAGGCUCGGCAUUCUGCCCUGUCAAACUCCCCGGCUCCCUGCACCUCAUUCCGGCCUCAGAGCCCGAAGAGGACGACGCGGAGGCAGGCCCCGGCUCAGAGCCCCAAGGGGCUACACUGCUCUAUGGCGCCCCCUCUCAGGUCUCCACGAGCACCAGCACAGACGACCCUGCGGAGGAGCCCAACAUGCCCUCAGAGACUGCAGACCCCCAGACAGACAGCCCAGCCAUCAGCUAGACCUGAGCAGAGCUGGCCUCUGGCUCCGGGAUACAUGCUAGCAACCACCAACCAUCACCACUAACUGUCCCACCAACACCUCCCUCUGCUCUGCCAGGGGGGUUUCCGACUCUCUGUGCUGACCCCUCCAUUCCCUUCUAUCUCUGCAUGACGUAGCAACAAUGUCCUGAUUAACCACCACCACAAAGACUUGCCACCUUAAUCUCCUGUCCUGCAUCAUGCACCUGUUGUUGGUAGAGAAGGACCUGAUGGUUUAAGGUUUUCAAAUGCAGACAUCGGAGGAGGAA